AUGGCGGCUUCUGCACCUUCCUCUUCAGCCGGCGACGCGGACCCAAAUACGGCUAAUUUACGACCACCCGCCACAACUUAUGACGCAUGGUGCGGAGUAGCACACGGCUGCACGAGGAAACUGGGGAUGAAGAUUUGUGGUUUCCUGCAAAAGAACAACAGUCUGGAAGAAAAGAGUCGGAUUGUUAGCUCCCUGAAAGAACGCCAGAGCGCCAAGAAUCAGCUGUCGUGUGAGAACAGCGACCGGGAUGCUCGCUUCAGACGCACGGAGACAGAUUUCUCCAACCUGUUUGCCCGAGACCUGCUCCCUGCUAAAAAUGGCGAGGAACCCACUAUGCAGUUUCUCCUGGAGGUGGUGGACAUCCUCACAAACUACGUUCGCAAGACGUUCGAUAGAUCCACCAAGGUGCUGGACUUUCACCACCCUCACCAGCUCCUCGAAGGCAUAGAAGGCUUCAACCUCGAGCUGUCUGAUCAACCUGAGUCCCUAGAGCAGAUCCUCGUGGACUGCCGAGACACGCUGAAGUACGGCGUCCGGACAGGUCACCCAAGGUUCUUUAACCAGCUUUCCACUGGACUGGACAUCAUCGGCCUGGCAGGAGAAUGGCUCACCUCCACUGCCAACACUAACAUGUUCACGUAUGAGAUUGCCCCGGUGUUCGUGCUGAUGGAGCAGCUGACUCUGAAGAAGAUGAGGGAGAUCAUUGGCUGGCCCAACGGAGAGGGCGACGGGCUCUUUUCACCAGGUGGCGCCAUAUCAAACAUGUACAGCGUCAUGGUCGCACGGUAUAAGUACUUCCCAGAGGUCAAGACCAAAGGCAUGUCUGCUGCGCCGCGAUUGGUCCUCUUCACAUCCGAACAUAGUCACUACUCAAUCACGAAGGCUGGAGCUGCACUGGGCUUCGGCAAAGAGAAUGUUAUCCUGCUCAGCACAGACGAGAGGGGGCGGGUCAUUCCUGCUGACCUGGAAGCUAAGAUCAUUGAUGCUAAACAGAAGGGUUACGUUCCUCUGUUUGUAAACGCCACGGCUGGAACCACAGUGUACGGAGCUUUUGACCCCAUCAACGACAUUGCCGACAUCUGUGAGAAAUACAACCUCUGGCUACACGUCGAUGGAGCAUGGGGAGGUGGUUUGCUCAUGUCAAGGAAGCAUCGUCAUAAGCUGAGUGGCAUUGAGAGGGCAAACUCAGUGACAUGGAACCCACACAAGAUGAUGGGUGUUCCCCUGCAGUGUUCUGCUAUCCUGGUCAGAGAGAAGGGUGUUCUCCAGGGCUGUAACUCCAUGUGCGCUGGUUACCUGUUCCAGCCCGACAAACAGUAUGAUGUCACGUAUGACACAGGGGACAAGGCCAUACAGUGUGGCCGGCACGUUGACAUCUUCAAGUUCUGGCUGAUGUGGAAAGCCAAGGGCACAAUCGGGUUCGAGCAGCACAUUGAUAGGUGUCUGGAGCUCUCGGAGUAUCUCUACAACAAAAUCAAGAACCGUGAAGGCUACGAGAUGGUCUUCCAGGGAGAGCCUCAGCAUACAAAUGUCUGUUUCUGGUACGUUCCUCCAAACAUGCGAGGCAUGCCAGAUGGAGAUGAACGCAGGGAGAGACUGCACAAGGUGGCGCCAAAGAUCAAAGCAAUGAUGAUGGAGUCUGGUUCCACCAUGGUGGGCUACCAGCCUCAGGGAAACAAAGUCAACUUCUUCCGCAUGGUCAUAUCCAACCACGCCGCAACAAAGUCCGACAUCGACUUCCUCAUCGACGAGAUUGAGAGGCUGGGCCAUGACCUGUGA